AUGUUCUAAAAUACAAAACAUUUAAGAAAAGUAUUAUUUUCCUCUGCUAUUCAAAAUACCUCUCAGAUCUAAGAUUUUGCUAGUGUAGAUCCAGCAACUUUAAUUAAAAUGGGAUUAAGAUAAAAUUCACUUGAAUUAUUUAACAGUCUUAGAGAUCGACUCAAAUUUUGUAAAUAUGAAAUGAUCUCAGAUUACAGAAAUCUUAUUAAAUAUGUGUAGAGAUCUCAUAUCAAUCAAUAUCUUGAUAGAUAAUCAUAUGAUAAUGUUAUUGCCAAUCAAUUUAGUGAAAACUUAAUCAAUAGUCAUAUGAUUUGGUUAUCAUAUAUCAUAAUGGAAGAAAAAGAUUAUAUGACACCAUUAAGAAAUUUAGAAUCUGUUUGGUAUAAAAAUGUUUUGUAUCUAAACGUCAAAUAAAUUUAUGCUGUUCUAACAUUUUAUUAAAAAUUCAAUUUAUUCAUUUCAGAAAGAACUUUAUAUUAGAUGCUCAAAAUGCUCCACAAAUAAUAAAAAAAUUAUAAAGAUUUUCAUAUUUUAUAUCAUUGUCUUCAAAUCAUUUCAAAAUAAUAAAGCAAUCUCAAAAAUGAUCCUUUAUUUUUAGAUAUUCAAAACAAUUUUUCUACUAAAAUUAAAGAAACCUAUACCUAAGCCAAAAUAAUUGAAAACACUAAUUUUUUUCUUAUUUACCCCUUAGAGGAUUUAUCAACUAUUAAAGAAGGCUUAAAAUCAUAAACCUAUUAAUUAACAUCAUUAUAAAUGAAAUAUAUUUUAACUAUUGUUCAAAACACUCUAUUGAAUAAUCCAUCUUAUAAUUAGAUAGAAUUAAAUGAUAUCCUAUCUAAAUUAUAAGAACUUUUUAACCCUAACAAUACAUUAUCAAAUAAAUUUUAAUUCUCUUUGCUUUAAAAAUUAAAUGAUGAAGGAACUGAUCUAUCUAAAUUUGAUCCUUAAGUUGAUUACUUAAAAAUUAAUGAUUUACAUUACUUAUUUAAAUUAAGAUAAUUAAUGAAAAACCAUUAAGGAUCUUCUGAAGAUUUAAAACAUUUCAUUUUUAAAUUUAUUUUAAAAACCAUGCAAAAUAGAAGGAUUUAUUGUGUUGAUUUUGAUCAUUUUUAUUAAAUUACUGAAAUGAUAGAGAAAAAUUAAGAAUAUAGUAUGUUGCUUAAGCCAUUUAGAGAAUUUAUGGGAGUCUAUAGUUUUAUAUUUUGA